AUGGCUUCUUAUACGAAUUUUUCGAAAUUAUUUCAUUUGAACAAAUUAUUUCAAAAUCAAGGGAAAAAAUGGCAAAGGAUGAAAUAUGUAUCUCCGAUACGAUUUCAUCAAUCUAUAGCAAGAAGUAUUAGUAAUUUUGAGAGUUCAAAACGAGUAGUAAAAGGUGUAUUUAUUUUAUCUUAUAAACCCGAGCAUCAAAAACAAAUUUAUACAAAUAAUUUGUUGACAAAAAAUAUAGAAUGCAAAAAUUUCUUUGAUAUCAUUUUAAUCAUGGCAAGAAUAUUUGUGAUAGGUUCUGUUCUUACUGGAUUGGCUGUUGGAUAUAUUAUUACACGUUUUACACAUGGACACAUGUUCCCGAUAAUCCUUCGGAAAAGUAUCGAAUUUCUUGGACCAAUUUUUAUAAAAUUUGGCCAGUGGGCAUCUACGCGAAAAGAUUUGUUUCCCGAAGAUGUUUGUCAUACACUAUCACAUUUGCAAAAAAGCGCUUCUGUACAUUCAUGGAUUUAUACAAAACAAUUACUUAAAGCUAUAUACGGUUCGAACUGGAGGAACAUAUUCGUAAAAUUCGAACACGAGAUGCCUAUUGGAUCAGGAUGUUGUGCUCAGGUAUACAAGGCAUGGAUAGAUCUAAAUGCCCAAGUGGAUAUGGUACAAGAACCUCAAAUAUCUACGUUUAUUGAAAUUAUUGAAUAUUUAAGAUUUGGUUCCCUGAUUACUUUUAUUGAAAGAACAUUUAAUAAUAACGUUGAUAAAAUACAACAUGGUAAUAUGUAUAUCAAUCGAAAACUGCAACCAGUAGCAGUAAAAGUUUUACAUCCUGGAAUUAAAAAACAAUUAAGAAGAGAUCUUUCUAUAAUGAGAGGAAUCUGCAAAUGUGCAACAUACAUCGUGCCUAAAUUACAAUGGCUUAGUCUCAUCGAUUGUAUCGAUGAAUUUUCGCACAUAAUGGAAAAUCAAGUUGAUAUGAAUUUGGAAGCAGACAAUUUGAUUCAAUUUUCCAAAAAUUUUUCUAACAAAAAGGAAGUUAUAUUUCCACAACCUUAUAAGAAUUUUACACAACAUGAAAUACUCGUGGAAAGUUUUCACGAAGGUUCUCCAAUUUCUAACUAUCUCGAUGAUCAAAAUACCAAGUUGCAAGGGAAAUUGGCUAGAAUGGGGUUAAAAACAAUUUUAAAAAUGGUAUUUAAUGACAAUUUCAUUCAUUGUGACUUGCACCCUGGUAAUAUUUUGGUACAAACAAAUUAUGAAUCAACUGGAAGAAUUAGUACAUGGUUUUGGAGAUUUAUCGAUCGCAAUUAUUUACCGACUUAUCCACGCUUGGUCAUUCUUGAUUGCGGUUUAGUAGUGUCUCUGAAUGAUCGUUGUCGGCAAAAUCUCAAGGAUGUUUUCCGUUCGGUGGUCAUGGGAAAAGGUGAAUUAGCUGCAGAAUACAUAUUGGAACACAGUUCGCACGUAUCCAUCGAUCCAGACGGUUUCAAGAAUGCAAUCAAAAAUAUUGUAAACACGCAUCUUCAAAGUAGAACCAAUGUGAACGUAAGUACCGUUGUGUCUGAAUUGUUUUCUGCGAUGGUUCGGCAUCGAGUUAAGCAAGAUGGAACCUUCAUCAACGUGAUUCUCAGUAUGGUAGUAAUUGAAGGCCUUGGUCGAAGUCUGGAUCCGAAUAUCGAUAUCUUCACAGAAGUUAUACCGUUUAUUUUUACAAAUACAACAUUGUGCCAUGAUUAAAUUAUGAAAUAUCGUUUGAAAUAUAUAGCAAAACGCGCAUUAAUUGGGGAAAAGCGUUUAAAGGAAAUUUUAGAAUUUUUUCCUAUCAAAAUAUAUAGCUUUUUAUCUUGUAAAUUUUUCUUUUUAAAAUAUUUUUAUCAUAUAAAAGAGCAGUUGCGAAAAGUGAAGCUGUGAAAAGAAAAAAUUAUUUUAUUAUUGUUAAUUUGUUGAAUAUGUGCGGCAAUCUUUAUCACUGAAUAAGGUAUCGCACGAGAAAGUCCCGUUUUAAUGACAAGUCAUUAUACGAGUCCUGAGAAGGAUUCCAAUUUUAAAACAGGCCAGUUACCCAUGAUCACUUCCUGGUUGGUCGACCAUCCUCGCUUCAACGAUAUAGCUUCCAUAUAUGUGUAUGUACAUAUGUAAUGUAUAUUCGUAAAUAUCCGAGUUAUAUUUUGAUUAUUCUUUUAAGUCUUUUGUAUGUGUAUAUAUUUUUGUAAGUAUAGCAAGAUUGGAAUAUAUUCAUCAGAUUGCUGACUUUAUUAUUUGUAAUCUAAUUUAUUGUUAUCUCAUCGCACAUA